AUGGCAAAUGGGAACUUGUUCAACAUCAGAAGCCAUCCUGAUGGAGCUAUUGAUUGGUAUAAGGCCCGCUUGGUGCCUAAAGGGUUUCAACAACGUCCUGGCAUUGAUUUCUCUGACACUUUCAGUCCUAUUGUGAAACCCACUACCAUUCAGGUUGUCUUGCAUCUCGCCCUCUCCUCUGAUGUGUAUAUGUCUCAGCCUCCCGGGUUCGUUGAUCCCAAUUUCCCCAGUCAUGUGUGCAAGCUCUGCAAAGCUUUGUAUGGCCUCAAACAUGCACCGUGUGUUUGGUACAAAGAGUUGAGCUCGUUCUUGCUUUCUAAUGGUUUGUUCAUGCUCUUUCUAGGAGGUUCUCUGUCAAGGAUCAAAGAUCCCUUAAUUAUUUUCUCGGCCUACAUGGAUGGUGCAAAGGAACUUAGAACACCCAUGACCACUUCCCAUUCUCUCGUGCUUCAUGAUGGUUCUCCUCCCACUGAUGCCACUAAGUAUCGCCAACUAGUUGGUGGUCUUCACUAUCUCAGUCUCACUCGCCCCAACAUAUCAUUUGCUGUCAACAAGCUAUCUCAAUUCAUGCAUCAACCAUCUAACAUUCACUGGCAAGCUUUGAAGCGUCUCCUUCACUACCUCAAAGGCAUCAUCUACCAUGGUCUUUUUCUCAAAUGCUCUUGCACCACUACCUUGUCUGCUUUUUCCAACGCGUAUUGGGACGGAAACCGUGAUGAUCGAACAUCCACCACAGCCUAUAUUGUCUAUCUUGGUGGUAAUCUCAUUUCUUGGAGCUCCUAUAAACAACAAGUCAUUGCUCGCUCAUCCACCAAAGUUAAGUACUGUGUCGUUGCUUGUACCGCCGCUGAACUUGCUUGGAUCAAAUCCCUACUUCGCAAACUUGGCGUUAUGCCCUCCUCCAUGCUUGCCAUUUCUUGUGACAAUAUUGGUUCCACCUUCUACUGUGCCAAUCCUGUUCUCCACUCUUGCAUGAAACACAUUGACAUUGAUUUUCAGUUUGUUUGUGAUUUGGUCACUCGUGGCCUCCUUCAGGUAUCUCAUGUUUCCACCACUGAUCAACUUGUCGAUGCCCUCACAAAGCCUCUGUCUCGCCACUGUUUUCAACUUCUCUUGUCCAAGAUUGGUGUUGCUGACGUCGCCACCAUCUUGCUGUGGCGUAUAAGGGAACCACCAUAG